AUGGGCGCGCCCGCCCCCCGGGCCAGGGGCGCCCCUGGCGGGUGCUUCUUCCUGCCUGGGCCUCUGGGGAGCCCGGCGCCCACCGUGGCCGGCGCAGCGCCCCAACGCCGCCGCGCGCGCGUCGAGGCGCGCGAGGAGCGGCAUGGGGACGAAGACAGAGACAGCGAAGUCGACGCCGGCAUUCUGACGGCCGCGCUCGAGGCCGGGGCGGUCUGGACGGACGAGGGCGUCGUCGGGGCAAAGGAGGCGGACGUUGAGCAGGCCGCCAAGGCGGAGGCGGAGGUCGAAGCCAGGGCGGAGGCGGAGGCGAAGGCUGCGGCGGAGGCAGAGGCUAGAGCCAAGGCGGACACGUAUGCGAAGGCAGCGGCGGAGGCCGAAGAGGUUGCAGAGGCGGGGGUCAAGGCCAAGGCCGAGGCGGAGGCGAAGGUUGGGGCGAUCGCAGAGCAGGCUGCCGCCGCAGAGGCCGCCCCGAGCAAGGCCGCCCGGGGACCUCCCGUUCGCCUGCGCGCUGAAGGCCCCAACGGGCGCCAGCGACUUGAGCGCGCGCAGGCGCUAGCCAAAGACGACGAUCGGGUCCGCGAGCUAUUGCGCGAUCCUGGGUUGGAGGGCUUGACCAAGACCGUUCUGGACGGGCUCAAGACCGCGGCGCAGCAGGAGGCGGCCAUUGGGGCCGAGCUGUUCUACGGAGGCCUGACCCAGCUGUUUGGGCCCCCUGGGCUAGGUCCCGCGUGGCGGCAUUUCGUGGUUGACCCGAUGAACGACGAUGAGUUUCCAGAACGCGACGGCUUUAAAGAGACUCGCACCGACAAGUGCUGCGAGGCGAAGUGUCUGGGCGCUUUUGCGGAAAAAGCGCAGGCAAAGAACGCCGAGCUGCAAGGCGCCGGCGCGGGCACUGAUAUGUUGGAGGUCGAGGAGAUCGCUGGCGGGCUUUGCGCGGGUCCUCUGCCCGAGAAGUAUAAUUCCUUUUUGCGAGCGGCGAGCGGGUGCCCUUUCUUGAAGAGUAAGUUCGCCGACCUCUGCAAGAGGAACACAUCCACUACCAUUACCCAUUGCAUUAACAGCUGCGUCAUUCAAGUGUCGAAGCUGACCAAG